GUGCGUGCGCGCACCCAUUUCCGCGCGCGGAAAGCUCGACUCGCUCUCAGCAGCACGCGAACCUUUCGCGCUGAGACAAACUGCCUCGGAGUGUAUGUGUGACACAGAGAGAGAGAGAGAGAGAGAGAGAGAGAGAGAGAGAGAGAGAGAGAGAGAUCUGGAAACAAACCCGGUGUGUUUUAGUUUAAAAGAAGAAGAGAAAAAAAAAACUCUAGAGGAGAUUCUGGAGCAGGUCGAAAUAUUUCCGCAAGAAGAAGGAGAAGAAGAAGGAGAAGAAGAAGAAGGAGGAGGAGGAGAAGACGGUUUGUUGUUUCUCCGCUAACACGGUUCAGGUCGUGAGGUCCGUGUUCAGUCUCGAGGAGCCUGGAACUGUAAAACACACGGCUAACUGCAGGAUGACCGCCUGAGUGAGCGCACACGGAUUUUCUUUACUUCUCCUGAGUCUUGGAGGGAUCCGUGACGACCGUCCGGACAUUCCACGUCCUUUACCGUUCCGCGUGACGUCCGAAUCUCUCCGUACGCCCGAGAGGAAGAUGAGAGCAAUGGUCCAGUAAAGAGGACCGAACAGCAUGUGUCGUCGGACAGAAUGACUCAUUUAGGAGAAGAGAAAACUCGUGUGGUUUGCAGUGGAACCUCAUAAACCAACACACACACACACACACACACAUACAGUCUCUAUGGCCAUAUUCGCAUAGCAACCCCUUGUGCUGGACUGAGGCUGGGUUUUUGCUGCACUGUGAUUGGUCAGGAUGCCGGCGAAAGGGAAGUACCUCCUUAAUGAGCAGAAGCUGAAACAGGAAGCACUGUACAGGAAGUUCUCAUGCAUCAGCCAGUAUCAGCCUCUGGUCUUGCUGCUCGGACUGAGCGUGCUCACGUGUGCUAUCCUGCUGGUGCUGUUUUUCAGCCUGGGGCUGAAAGUGGCCCACCAUAUAGCGUUUGUGGCCGUGGUUAGCGCCGCGCUGUGUGUGUUCCUGGGCGUGUUUGUGCUGGUCUGUACCGAGGCGCUCACUCAGAAAUGGACCACGCUGUUGGGUCUGGUGGUGUGGGCUACACACCUCACCAUGGGAUUUACCUUCAUCUAUUGCACAAAGCGCAUUUUUCCUUGGGACCAGGUGCCUUUCUUCCUCUUCAUCAUCAUCACGGUGUUCACGUUGCUCCCCUUCCAGAUGUGGUACGCCGUCAUCCUCAGCAUCGUCUCCUCCCUCUCUCACAUUAUUGUCCUGUCGGUGCACUUGAAGUCCGAGGUCCCGGGGCCUGACCUCACCAGUCAGCUCAUGUCGAACGCGGUGGUGUUUGUGUGUGGGAGUGUAGUGGGAGCGUUUCAUAAGGUUCUAAUGGAGAAAGCACUCAAGCAGACUUUCCAGGACACACUGCGCUGCCUCGGCAUCCGUAUGAAACUGGAGAUCGAGAAGAGGCAGCAGGAGAAUCUGUUGCAGUCAGUUCUGCCUGUAUAUAUUUCGAUGGAGAUGAAGCUGGCCAUAAUGGAGCGCUGUAAAUGCAAAGAUAAGGAGGCACAGCAGCGGCUGGUCAAAGACAACAACUUCCACAGUCUCUACGUCAAGAGGCACGAGAACGUCAGCAUCCUGUAUGCAGACAUUGUUGGUUUCACUCGUUUAGCCAGCGACUGUUCUCCCAAAGAGCUGGUGAUCAUGCUGAAUGAACUCUUUGGAAAAUUUGACCAGAUUGCCAAAGAGAAUGAGUGUAUGAGGAUAAAGAUCCUGGGUGAUUGUUAUUACUGUGUAUCCGGACUACCCGUCUCCUUACCGAAACACGCCAAGAACUGCGUCAAAAUGGGUUUGGACAUGUGUGAAGCAAUUAAGCGGGUUCGAGAGGCGACAGGAGUGGAUAUUAACAUGCGCGUUGGCGUGCACUCUGGAAACGUGCUCUGCGGCGUCAUUGGUCUACGCAAAUGGCAGUUUGACGUCUGGUCACAUGACGUCACCUUGGCCAAUCACAUGGAGUCUGGAGGGUUGCCUGGCCGGGUGCACAUCACCGAGGCCACUCUGAAGCAUCUGAAUAAAGCGUACGAGGUGGAGGAAGGAAACGGCCACCUCAGAGACACUUACCUGAAGGAGCUCCACAUCAAGACUUACCUGGUUAUAGACCCCCGGUCUAAGGACCCGUCCCAGUGCAGCCGUAGCAUUCCUAAGCAGCGCGUGAACGACGGUUUGAAGAUGCGAGCGUCCGUCAGAAUGACGCGCUACCUGGAGUCGUGGGGGGCCGUGAAGCCCUUCUCCCAUCUCCAGAACAGAGAGGGCUUAAUCACGGACACUAUGGUGAACAGCAAGAGCCGCUUCAAGGACAUUCCUAUGAGAUCAGCGCCAUUAAAAAUGACAGAGAGCUUCGAUGAGUCUCUUGAGGAGUCCUUGUCCUUUCCCACCCCUCCCUUCAGCGUGAAUAAGAAUAAGUCCCAGAAGACCAAGUUUGACGAGCAGCUGCACAACGAGAUGAUCACCACCAUCGAUGAGCUGAGCUCUAGCAAGCAGUGGGUGAAGUCGGAGGAGAUUUCUGGUCUCACUCUGUGGUUCACUAAGCGCGGGCUGGAGAAACAGUACAGGACUACAGAAAUGCCUAGUUUUAAGUACUACGUCAGCUGUGCCACUUUUAUCUUCCUGUGUAUCUUCAUCAUUCAGAUGUGUGUCACACAACAACCUAAGAAGCUGGGGUUGGUGUUUGCGUUGUUGGCGUGUGUGUUACUCCUGACCCUUGCCAUCUGUUUUGCCGGUCACAUUCAGAAAUUGUUCCCGGAGAAGCUCGAAUCCUGCCAGUGGUUAUCGGCCGUGUCCGAAGCCGUGGUCAAGAGGCCUUUUGUGCGUCUCCCGCUAGUAACCAUCACUACUUCGGUUAUCGUCACCAUUGCCUCGUUCAGCCUGUGUUUUAACCCUGUCGAUGUUCGGGGAAAUGAAAGCAGCAUAAACGGGUUUCAUAAUGAUCAUCUCUUCUGCUUGCCUUAUUCGGUGUAUAGCUGUAUCCUGACAUUACUGGUGUGUGGAGUAUUUCUGAGAGUGUGCUUCGAGCUGAAGAUGGCCUUCCUCUUCAUCGCUUCAGCCAUUUAUUACAUCAUCAUCGGCUGUACUCAGAACGAUCUGUUCAAUAUGUACAGCUGCUUGCUUUAUACAGUCAACAGUUGCAGUCCUGAGAACUUCACUGAGGGAUUCAGAUAUUCACUGAUGAGGGAAGGAGGACUGAUGAAACAGCCGCAGAUUAUGAGCUGCAUCUACAUCACGCUGUUCCUGGUUACCAUGCUGCUUAUAUCACGUCAGGACGAUUUCUGCUGCCGUCAGGAGUUCCUGCUGAAGAACAAGAACCGCACGGAUAAAGACGAGAUCGAGCUGUGCGAGAAUCUGACGCGGCUGCUGCUGGAGAACGUUCUCCCGGCUCACGUGGCCGCGCUGUUCGUAGGCGAGAACAAAAAGAACGAGGACCUGUACUACAAGUCGUACGAUUGCGUGUGCGUGAUGUUCGCUUCAGUCCCUGACUUUAAGGAGUUCUACACCGAGUGCGACAUCAACAAAGAGGGACUGGAGUGUCUGCGACUGCUUAACGAGAUCAUCGCAGACUUCGACGAGUUGCUGUCUAAGCCAAAGUUCAGCGGCGUAGAGAAGAUUAAGACUAUCGGGAGCACGUACAUGGCUGCUGCAGGUCUUAGCGGGACACCUGGACAGGAGACGAACCAGGACCGGGACCGCGAGCGGCAGCCGGCACAGAUCGGCAUCAUGGUGGAGUUCGCCAUCGCCCUGAUGGGAAAGCUGGACGGCAUCAACCGCCAUUCGUUUAACAGUUUUAGACUGCGUGUGGGAAUAAACCACGGGCCGGUAAUAGCGGGGGUGAUCGGCGCACGCAAGCCGCAAUACGACAUCUGGGGAAACACUGUGAACGUAGCCAGCCGAAUGGAGAGCACCGGAGAACUGGGCAGGAUCCAGGUGACGGAGGAGACGUCGGACGUGCUGCAGAAGUUGGGUUACUCGUGCGAUUGCCGAGGUCUGAUCAACGUGAAGGGGAAAGGCGAACUCAAAACGUUUUUCGUCUGUACAGACUCCAAUAAGCAGCAGGGAAUGGGGCUCAGCUGAAAGUGCUGACCUUCUCACACAUACACAUCUGGAUGGAUAGGGUUUUCUUUCUUUCUUUUUUUCUUUAUGCUGUUAUACAAGUCUGAGAGGACUUCCAAAUGUUAGAAGACUGGGCCAGAAGCCUAAAAAACCCUCACAAAGCCAGAAACUUUGAACAAAUACACACUGGCCGAGAAGGAGCGAUCCAACCCGAUGCUGGAGCAGGGUUUUUUUUUUUCUCUUUCUUUGUUUUUUUCCCCCUAGUGUUCGGUGACUUUAAACUCGUCUGCUCCUGUUCUGAUCCUUAAAAACUGUGGCGGGAACUAAACGAGCUCACAGAAGAGGAACUCCGGGCGUUUUGAACACUGCCGAUUGUCACCGUAUGUCUUUGUGUUAAAUUCGACAUUACUAACAAAUGAUGCGACCUGCACACUCCAACAUGAAGAGGACGUUUUAUUAUUAUUAUUAUUAUUAUUAUUAUUAUUUCCUAGGACGUGAUGUGAAGACUUCCUGCUGAAUGACCUUUUUCCAAAAACUGUUUCCAAUUUUCAUAUUUCUGUCAUAGUCAUGAAAUGCUGGCCUAAUCUAACAGGAUUUUACGUCAUUUUAGCUGUUCCAUGAUUAAUUUAAGAAGACUAAGCAGAUCUAAACAUACAGCAACGCACCUGACUGCCAUUAUGACUCCUCCUAUUUGAAGGCGUGGCCAUGUCCUUGUUGCACUUCCUAUUCCUGUUCGCUUCGAGCCGCAUCUGCUUUUCUGACGUGCGUCGCGAUGACGUUUUAAGGAAGGAAAAGUUGAACACGGUGUGGCCGUCUACGGAUGAAGCGGAUACGCUGAAAGUAACGUGGGUGCACUGUAACAUUUAACUGAACUGAAACUAACAUCUUCGCCAUUUUAAACUUCAGUACAAGGUGUGUAAGUUAAACUUGCUGUACAGGAUCAGUAUGGAAAUAAAUAAUUUUACACGUU